CGGCCGCCCGGUGCCUUCCCGCGGGGCGCGGCAUGGCGGGGCCCGUGGACUGUCACUGCCACCUGGCCGCGGCCUGCUUCCAGCCGGACGUGGCGGCCGUGGUGCGGGCGGCGGAGCAGGCGGCCGUGUCGGCGCUGGUGGUGGUGUCGGAGCAGGCGGGCGAGUUCCGGAGCGUCGUGGAGCUGUCCGAGAGAUUCCCAGGGUUUGUCUUGCCAUGCCUGGGAGUUCACCCCGUUCAAGAGAUUUCUCCAGAGGAGCAGCGCAGUGUUACUUUGAAGGUAAAUUUGAAGGAUCUGGAUGCUGCGCUGCCUCUUAUAGAACGUUACAAAGACAAAUUGGUGGGGAUUGGAGAAGUUGGACUAGAUUUCACUCCCAGAUUUGCCAGCACCGAUGAACAGAAGGAAGGACAAAGACAGGUUUUGAUCAAGCAGGUUGAGCUGGCAAGAAAACUGGAUUUGCCAUUAAAUGUUCAUUCCCGCUCAGCUGGAAGACCAACCAUCAAUCUCUUGAAGGAACAAGGUGCUACCAAGGUGUUGCUCCAUGCCUUCGAUGGGAAGCCAUCUGUAGCCAUGGAAGGGGUGAGAGCUGGAUACUACUUCUCCAUUCCUCCUUCCAUUGUAAGGAGUGAACAGAAGCAGAAGCUUGUGAAACAGCUGCCACUGGAAAAUAUGUGCUUGGAAACUGAUUCUCCUGCUCUGGGGCCUGAAAAACAGGUGAGAAAUGAACCCAAAAAUAUUUACAUUGCUGCUGAAUACAUUGCCAAAAUUAAAGGAAUUCCAGUUGGAGAAGUUAUAGAAGUGACUACACAGAAUGCACUAAAAGUAUUCCCUAAACUUCAGCACUUUAUUAGGAUAUAGAUUCAGAAACUGAGAUAUAUGAUGUUGCAGAAAGUAUUACUUCUGGUGUAAUUAAUAAAACCAAUUAUUGUA